CUCACCUCGCUUCUGAGCCGACCGACCCACCGACCGGAGCGGACAGUACAAAGAAGCUGCUGGUUCUGCUGCAGACGGGAUCCAGACCCACCGGGAUAAACUUUAACUUUAGUUCGGGUUUGUAGGAAUUUAUUGUUCCACCCAUUGAGGAGCUGGUGCUUAAAAACGGCCGGAGGAGUUAGCGAGGAGUUGAAUUCAAUCCGAAGAAGAAGAAGAGCAGCAGCCUGGGAGACACUUGGCGUCUGUUUGCAGGUUGCAUGGCAGUCUGGACUUGAUGCAUGCCAGUUGCAUGACUGCAGAGGGUCUGGUUGUGGGACUGAGAUCACGCAGCUGCACCCAUGGCUCAAACGGUGCACGUAAACGGCAACAGCCCAGAAAGAGCACAAACAUGCCUGGGCGCCGGAGAUGAGAAAGACUCCUACUACGUGGAAACUCCUUACGGUUACCAGUUAGACCUGGAUUUCCUCAAGUAUGUCGACGACAUCGAGAGGGGCAACACCAUUAAGAAGCUGAGCAUCCAGAGGAAACCCAAAGCGGCCAGACCUCUGGCAACCCCUCGGGGCAGCACUUCGGGGGGCGGCGCCCGGCCUGAAUGGACCUCCACGGACUCCCUGUCCUCCUCCAACAGCGACGGCAAGCAGUCUCCGGUCUUUUUCACCUCACGGCACCCGGACGCCGCUCCGUUGACCCCCACCCUCCCCAGGGCAACCGGUGACGUCCCUUUGGGUCAAUCCUACUUGGCUGAGCAGAAGCAGCUUCUUCCGCCACCCUCACCCAGGUUUGCUCCUCGUCACAACCCCCAAGUGGAAAAGACGCUCAUGGAGACCCGUCGUCGUCUCGAGCAGGAGCGUCUGCUCGUCCAAGCGCACAUCGAGCCUCUGAUUCCCCGCCGUCGCCUCGCCAGCUUUGGUGGAAUGGGCUCCAGCAGCUCCCUGUCGUCUCACUCGAGUUCAGUCGCGACGAGCCAGAUCUCCCCCAGCACCCACCAGCCUCUACCCAUCAACGGCCUUUCUAAUGGGGAGUAUAACCCCUACUUCUCACAGUCCAGAGGCAGCUCCAUCCGCCACAGCCCCAUGAGCUCAGGCGUCGCCACGCCGGUGACCAACGUCAGCCCGUUGCACCUGCAGCAGAUCCGAGAGCAGAUGGUCGUGGCCCUCAAGAGGCUUAAAGAGCUGGAGGAGCAGGUCAAAUCCAUUCCUAUCCUACAGGUGAAGAUUGCCGUUCUGCAGGAGGAGAAACGACAGCUGGCCGCUCAGACUAAAAACCAAGGUGUCGGUGGCUUCCGCAAGCGUUCCUACAGUGUGGGCAGUGCUGACCAAAUGGAGAACUCCGGAUCCAUCCAGAAGGAGACGGAGCUGCGCAUCGUUGAGCCCGAGGCGCAGGAGCAGAGCGCCCAGCGGCUGGAGGAGUUCAGGCGACUGGCUGCUGAGGUCCAGGCUCUGGAGAAGACGACCAAGGAGAAUAACGUUGCUGAAGUUCAGCCUCAAAGCCUACAAAAACAAGUCCUCCAGAAGUCAGUCGGUGUAGUUACCGAUGAAAACAUGAACAGUCUUUUGGGUUCGCUAAGCAAACCACAAAAAGACAGCCGUCUCCGGGAUGUAGGAGUGGUGACGGAGCGGCUGGAGACGCGGAGCGCUGGAGUUGUUGUGACGGAGGCCAUGCUGGGCGUGACCAGUGAAGCUGACAAGGAGAUCGAGCUCCAACAGCAAACCAUCGAAGCUCUGAAGGAGAAGAUCUACCGCCUGGAGGUCCAGCUCAAAGAAACCACCCAUGAGAUGGAGAUGGGGAAGCUCAAACUGGAGCUCCAAGCAGCCGGAGGGUCGAACAAGAAGAAGGCCGACAAGGGGCUGAUGGUGAGGCCGGAGAUGUACAACGCCUCGGUGGAAGCCAAAGUCCAGAUGCGCAGCCAGGGAGUGGGCGACCAUCUGGAGUUCAUCCUGCAGACCCAGACGGUGGGAGUGUCCUGCCAGCCCAGCGUGCGCAGCGUUGCCACCGGACCCGACCUCCCAGUGGACCAGUGGGUGGUGCAUCAACGGGUGGAGACGAGGCACCAGCAGGUUGGCAUAGAGCCGAGUAUUUCUGAAUUGGGAGUAAACACUGAGGAGUCGUUGGAUGGACUGGGCCUGUGCAGAACCGCGGAGCCGAUCAAGCAGUCCAGAUCGGUCGGCUGCGGGGAUUGCUCGGUGGAUGUCAACAUCACUCCUGUGAAGACAUUUGUGUCGCGAGGAACCGACCCGGAUGUUGUCUGUAAGAUGGACUCCGCCGUUAUGGCGGCUCCCGAUUCGGCGUCACAGCAGACUGGUACCGACACAGAAUACGAGAACAGGUCCACAAACACGAGAACGGCCGAGGUGACGGACUCGUUCACGGACAUGGAGCGGAGCAGCUGCGACAAGCAGACCAACACGGCGCCGCCCGAGACGAGGACCGUUGCUGUUGGGGAGGGGCUCGUGAAAGACGCCCCAACGACGGCAAAGACGCGGUCGGUCGCUGUUGGAACCACCAGUGAUGUCGGGUCGCUUCCCAGCAAACCAAACCCGACCAGAAUCAAAGAGUGUGGAGUCGGCCCGGUUAGCAUCCACGACAAUUUCCUGAUUGGUUUAAAAACCAGGAACAUCGCAUGUGGUCCUUCUCAUCCUCCUGACUCGGCCCCAAGCAAAGAGGAGAAGACCGGAGCCACCGCUGCAGCGCCGCCACCAGGGGGCGUCGGACUGGACCACUACAUAGAGAGGGUGCAGAAGCUGCUGCAGGAGCAGCAGAUGCUGCUGGCGGAGAACUACAGCGAGCUGGCGGACGCUUUCGGCCAGCCCCAGUCCCAGUUCGGGUCCAUCAACAGCCAGCUGGUCAGCACGCUGUCGUCCAUCAACUCGGUGAUGAAGUACAGCAGCGCGGAGAACAUCCUGGCGCUGCACUCGGACUCCUGCAGAGAGCGCAGCCUGAUGCUGCCACUACCAGGCGCCGAAGCUGCAGAUCGUCCUGAAAACUCGCCGCAGCAGAUCAGCGCCGCGGAGCAGAAGAGCCUCAUGGACCUGCAGAUGUCUACGGCGCUGCACGGUCAGCCAGGAAGUCAGAACACCCUGAAAUCCAUCAUGAAGAAGAAAGAUGGCCGCCCCGACGCCAACGGCACCAAGAAGAACCUGCAGUUUGUUGGCGUCAACGGAGGAUAUGAAACUACAUCAAGCGAUGAGUCCAGCUCUGAGGACAGCAGCUCUUCUGGGUCAGAGGAAGAGGAGGGGGACGAAGAGAAGGAGGAAGAGUACCAGGAAGUGGGAGGAAGGAGAAUCGGGGAGGAGUUCCAGAACGAGGGAGCUGAGGAUGAGGAUAAGAAGGACGAAGAGGAAGGUUCAGAGAACGAGAAGAGAGAGAGGUAUGAGCUGAGUGAGAAGAUGUUGGCAGCGUGCGACGUUCUCAAAACUCACCUCAGCGACUCGAAGGCAGUGAGCAGCAAAGAUCUGAGAACCAGCCUCAACACGGUGCAGCAUGAGUGGUUCCGCGCGUCCAGCCAGAAGGCGGCGCUGGCGCCGAUGGUGGAGGACUACCUGCGCGCCUUCGAGGCCGUCUCUAUGGACGUGCUGCGCCACGUCGUCAACAUGGCCGACGGCAACGGCAACACUGCGCUGCACUACAGCGUUUCUCAUUCCAACUUCCAGGUGGUGAAGAAGCUGCUGGACGCAGACGUGUGCAACGUGAACCAGCAGAACAAGGCCGGCUACACGCCUAUCAUGCUCGCCGCUCUGGCUGCCGUGGAAACGGCGAAGGACAUGUCCAUCGUGGAGGAGCUCUUCAGCAAGGGAGACGUGAACGCCCGCGCCAGUCAGGCCGGUCAGACGGGGCUGAUGCUCGCCGUCAGUCACGGCAGGAUGGACAUGGUCCGGGGGCUGCUGGCCCACGGAGCCGACGUCAACGUCCAGGACGACGAGGGCUCCACGGCGCUGAUGUGCGCCAGCGAACACGGCCACGUCGAGAUCGUCAAACUGCUGCUGGGCCAGGCGGGCUGCGACGCCACGCUCAGCGACAGCGAUGGGAGUAACGCUCUGUCCAUCGCCCUGGAAGCCGGACACAAAGACAUCGCCGUGCUGCUUUACGCCCACGUCAACUUCUCCAAAGCCCAGUCGCCUGGAACGCCUCGACUCGGCAGGAAAACUUCGCCCAGCCCGACGCGGAGGGGAAUGUUCGACUGACCCCCGACCCCAACCAACGCUGCGCUGCUAUUGGUUCUCACAGAACAACCCCUCCUCCCUUAAUCCCGACAACCAAUGAGAUUCCUGGAUAUUUUUUUUUCUUUUUCUAUUUAUCUACGUAUUUUCUUUCCACCUUGAUGAGCCCAAAGUGCCCUUUAAAUAUGAAUGUAACCUUCAGAUUGUGCCUGAAAUGUCUCGUUUGUUUUCUUCUCUAAGCUCAGAUAAUCAUUUAAAUCCACGUUUUCAUAUCCGAGUGGAAAUAUUCCCAUCAUCCCAGCCUCAAACAAACCCCUAACAACCUAACUGUACUUUUGAAUACUUCCUAGUACUCCUCAACAAUCCAUGAAGUUAUAUAUUUAUCAGAGUAUAGUUUUUAAUGCAGAUAUGUAUUUCAUUGUACAUACGGUGGUCAUAGAGUCUAGUUGUUCACCAGUUUGUCUCGUCUGUAAUAUAAACGUUGUGCUCUGGUGUUCGUUAAGGUGCUGACUUUCAUCUUCACAUGAGAACUGAAGUGCCUGAAACGUUUCUUUUAACUAUUGAUUAAAGAGUUAAAAUCUG